CGACGCUGCACAUGUAGAGCAAUGUCCUCCCGUCCCUCGCUCCGUCGGCCCAGCAGGGCGACUUCUUGGCUCCGUUUGGUGGGGCGGCUACUGCACCCUACACGGCCGCCUGCCUUCGUCACCAGCUCCACACCAUCGUUCCUCAGCCUUCUGAUCCCUUCUGCUCGCGGCCUAGCCGGCAAUCACGGUCAAGCCCAAUGCGCUGGGGGAACAGUAGAGCAUUUUUAGAUUGGUUUGGUAGCCCUACGUGCAUGCAUGACAGCCGUGUGUCAGCCUUCUAGAGCUACCUCUUACGAGCUACCAGCUUUCCAGCUUACUCGCAGCCACAAACGCAGAACAAGAAGAAAAAAUAUAUCCAUGUCCACCUACACCGGAGCUCGUGACCCCGCGCCCGCCUCGGGGUAUCAAUACACAAAGGAAAGAAACCAUCUAGAGUCGUGACCCCUCCAAGGAGAUGCAAGCAAGUCUGCUAAAGGGUGUCUUGAAAGGAGAAGAAGAUGAUGAAAAGAAGAAGAAGAAUACUAGCGACAAAGAGAAGAGCGAAAAGAAGAAAGAAAAAAAAUAAAAAGACCAAGGACAAGAGUAUCUGCAACGCUAAAAGCAAGACAUGCGACGACCACAAAAAAAUGUCGACGAGAUUAUACGUGAUAUCCAGAGGGGCUCGUGGGGGGAUGGGGGGACAGGGUCCGGCCUUACGCUAAUAAGUCGCAGCAUCCAAGUUAGACAUUACCAUGUAGUUUGGAAACACAAAAAGAGAUUCAAGUGAGUGAACGCGCCUGCUCUCAACAAGCUUGGCCGUCUUCCAGGUCCUCGCCCAUGAGAAUCUUGCGCG